AUGAAGGAUCGGACUCAGGAGCUGCGGAGUGCGAAAGACAGCGAUGAUGAGGAGGAGGUGGUCCAUGUGGACCGGGACCACUUCAUGGAUGAGUUCUUUGAACAGGUGGAAGAGAUCCGGGGCUGCAUCGAGAAGCUGUCAGAGGAUGUGGAACAAGUGAAAAAACAGCAUAGUGCCAUCCUGGCCGCCCCCAACCCGGAUGAGAAGACCAAACAGGAGCUGGAGGACCUCACUGCAGACAUCAAGAAGACGGCCAACAAGGUUCGAUCCAAGUUGAAAGCGAUCGAGCAAAGCAUUGAACAGGAGGAGGGGCUGAAUCGUUCCUCUGCGGACCUGCGCAUCCGCAAGACCCAGCACUCCACACUCUCCCGAAAGUUCGUGGAGGUAAUGACUGAAUAUAACGCGACUCAGUCCAAGUACCGGGACCGCUGCAAGGACCGGAUCCAGAGGCAGCUGGAGAUCACUGGAAGGACCACGACCAACGAAGAACUGGAAGACAUGCUGGAGAGUGGGAAGUUGGCCAUCUUCACUGACGAUAUCAAAAUGGACUCACAGAUGACAAAGCAGGCGCUGAACGAAAUCGAGACGAGACACAAUGAGAUCAUCAAACUGGAAACCAGCAUCCGCGAGCUGCACGACAUGUUUGUGGACAUGGCCAUGCUCGUGGAGAGCCAGGGCGAAAUGAUUGACCGCAUUGAGUAUAAUGUGGAACAUUCCGUGGACUACGUGGAGCGAGCCGUGUCUGACACCAAGAAAGCUGUGAAAUAUCAGAGCAAGGCCCGGAGGAAGAAAAUCAUGAUCAUCAUUUGCUGUGUGGUGCUGGGGGUGGUCUUGGCGUCAUCCAUUGGGGGGACGCUGGGCUUGUAGGCCCCCCACCCCUGUCCCUCCCAGACCCUUCCCCACCACAUUGGGAGCAAUACCCCCACCACCCCUUCACUCCAUCCCCUGCUCCAGGCUCACCCUCAAGACAGACCCGGGCAGCACCCGCAACCUUUACUGCCCGUCAGACCCUGGAGUCCCUGGACCUCCCCCUGCCAUGGACCACCCCCCGCCCCCGCACGUAGAUAGCAGCAGGCGUGAUUACACGUGCACACCAACAUGCAUGCCGCCGGCACAUGCUCGAGACGUGUGGACACCCAGCGUGUGUGUGUGUGUAUGUGUGUAGAUGUGUGUAGAAGCACCAAAUCGCCCUUUCUGCCCCCCACCUCAAGUCUGUGUGUUGUCUGAGC